UAUCCUUUCAUUGUUGUGAAUGCAGGGAUACCUCCAUUUUCAAUGCUGUACUAGUGAUGGUAGGGGGAGUGAUGGCUUAAUAAUGUGAGCUUCUUAAAGGAAACCAUAUUUAAUAUGUGGCUCUAGACUAUGUUAGCAUACCAUCUACUAUGCUCACAACUGUGCUUUUAUUUCAGCGUUCAUGGAAAAAAUUUUGUUUGCACUAAACGCCAUAAAGCUGACUCAGCAGACACACACGCAGUGCUUCAGUGAACUAAUCAAGAAAGUGGACGAUGCACCUUUGCACUCAACGGACAUUCCCGACUUGCCAUUUUCAACUGUAGAGGACUUGUUGAGAUAUGAUGAAGAGCUUGGAGCCAAAAGUGAAGCAAGGGUUGCAAUGAAAAAGCACAUGGCCAUACAAGGAGGUGAAAGCACGCAGCAAAAAACGUCCCGCAUCCUCAAGAGCAUGCUCUCUUGGAAUGUUGCUGUACAGUUCAGCUGGUUUGGAGCUAAAGGGAAGAAGAAGUUCAGUGACCUGAACAUCUGCAAGCUGAUGUGUAGCAGCCUGACCAAUGACACGUCCUUCAGGGUCACCUUGAAAGACAUAGAAAAAGCUGGCAUGUCAUGGUUCCAACAUGCUCCCGAGAGGGCGGCAGGAGAAAGGUCAACAGAGGCUGACUCAGCGUGAUAUGGUUAUUUAAAGUGACUAACAAUUAUUUUUAUUAUACUCAUUCUUUUUUCCGCUUAGUGUCAACGCAAAGCUUGCCAGUUCAUUGUGCAUUAAUAUAGUUCACUUCGUUGAACAGAAUAAAAGUAUUUUUUUCUGUA